AAUCUCAACCAGAAUCCAAGGACACUCCUACCAAAAUUUUAUGGACUGUAUUGUGUUCAGUCGGGAGGUAUUAAUAUCAGGAUAAUUGUGAUGAACAAUGUUCUGCCUCGAUCACUGAAAAUGCAUUUCAACUAUGACUUGAAAGGCUCCACGUACAAAAGGAGGGCAUCCAGGAAAGAGCGAGAGAAGUCCAACCCCACCUUUAAAGACUUGGAUUUUCUUCAAGACAUGCAUGAAGGAUUAUAUUUUGACUCGGAGACUUAUAGUGCACUCAUGAAAACGCUACAGAGGGAUUGUCGA